CAACCCGGGUACGUAACUCGGGAGCUGUGUCAUGCCGGUACGUGUACAUGUAUGUAAUCUGGAGCUUGCUGGAUCUCUUCAAGCCACUGUUGCCAUACAGCCUGAAACAGCAGCUUAUAGCCAAAAGAAUUGGUGGUUUGCUCUUUGGGCUUCUCACAGAAUAGCUAUCUAGCUACUUGGUGCAAUCAUUAUUUGAAGAGCAAGGUUGGAAGAAUGGAAGUCGUCUCAAGUAGCCACUUUGAUGGCCCGUGUCUCCCUGCUGAUGACGAGGAAAGCGUCAACGAAGAAGCCGUGAUUGCGAACGAAAACUUGUCAACAGCAGGCGUUGAACUUGGCAGCAAUAAUAACCAUGAUAACUCGACAGAUCUCUCCUUGACGAAUCCUUCUCAGAGCAGGAACGACGAAAGAAGAAGGACGACACCAAUGCCCGGCCCAUCUGAAAAGUUGGGACGCAUAUUGGUGGUAGACAAUGCCCCCAGUGACCUGAAAAGGAUGGAGGCAGGAAACACGCGGGCAGGAAACACGCGUCGUUCCUCGAGCACUUUUUGUCUGAAUCCGUUGCUUGGAGAACAUGAGUCGGUUGUUUUGGAGGGAGGACGGAUGGAAAAGACAAAGGAAAAAGCCGCCUCUGUGGUCGACGCGGACUCGCUUCACUUUCGAGAACGGCUCACGACAUCUCUGAACGUAUUUGCUAAUGCGAGCCCUCAUCCAAACCAGCCUGGUGGCUUACCAGGAGCAUAUGCUCAUCCUGGGACGGCUCCCUUUUCUUCUUCUUUUGUGGAUAACCCCGGAUAUAACACCAGCAGCGCCGCUCUUCGCGAGGGAGUACCGGUACUGUGGGAAAACUCCUUUACACAGGAUGGGUUGGCCGUAGCGAUGCCCGUCACAGAACCAACCGCGGAGGCACAACCAAUGGACCCGCCGCGGAAAAGGCGCGAGAAAUCAAGCCACGGAAAGGAGUUUCUCGCUUGUCUCUGUGUACUGGCAAUUGUGGCGGCUGGGCUUACCGGCAUUCUCAUGGCAAGCAAGUGGAAUCCAUCCAGUAGUGAGGAACGCGGAGCAGAUUUGGACAUGUACAACAACAACAACAAUGAGUCAACGGCAGUACCAACCCAAGGGGGCGAUGAUUUGCUGUUGUUGUCGUUACUGCCUGAGCCAACCACGAAACUGAUUCUACGCGAUGAGCUUGGAAUCAGUCCUCAAUCCAAGGCAUUCCAAUGGCUACUCAACGAUCCCAACAUUACAACCUAUUCAGACGACCGUCUUCAGCAAAGGUUUGCUGUAGCAACACUAUACUAUUCAACGGGGGGAGAGGAAUGGACGGAACAAGGAGGAGGAACCACUACCGUCACACUCGAUAAGGGGCCGCCGGGAGGUCCUGGAGGAGCUCCUCCGCCACCGAAAGGCGGCCCGGGUCGUUUCUUGCAACAGAAUGCCUCCUUGCCACCUUCUCAAAAUAAUACUAAUAUUACGCAGCCGCCACCACAAGGCCCGCCUCCGCCUGGGGGCCCGCCAAAGGCCUCCGUCGAAAAAGUCAACAUUACGUCCGCCGAAUGGCUUUCCUACGAGACUCCAGAGUGUGAGUGGUUCUCGUUGGCGGCUCUCUCGGACAAGGAACCUUGCAAUGAGGACGGAAGCUUUCGCCACCUGUUUCUGAAAAGCAACAAUCUUGCUGGAUCUCUCCCGGAAGAGCUCAUGAUGAUGACAUCGUUGGAGUACUUGAAGCUGGGGAGGGACAACAUUGGUUCCACGCUCACCACGCAGAUUGGACAAAUGACAAAACUGACACAGCUUCGGGUGUUUAGUCACGCUCUCACUGGCACCAUCCCCAGCGAGGUGGGAUUAUUAUCCAAUCGGUUGGAGGCCAUUUCCAUUUUGGACAAUCAAAUGACCGGAUCACUGCCAGAGCAGAUUUGGCAACUGUCUCGUCUGGACACAUUGAUGAUCUCUCGCAACUCAUUCAGCGGAUCCAUUGCCUCGGGCAUUGGCUAUCGCAUGCCCAACCUGGAAACUCUCAUGGCGGAUCGAAAUCAACUCAGCGGAGUUAUCCCAUCCUCUAUU